AGAUAUAAGGUGGUGAUGGGUGUGUUCACUUUAACAUAGAAUAACAGAAACUCAAGUAGCAGAGGAAAUAGAGAAAGAAAGAGCGAGCUCGAGGCAUGACUUGUAAAAUUUUAGCUGAUCAUAAGCCUCAUGCAGUAUGUCUCCCUGCCCCAGCUCAAAGCCACAUAAAGUCAAUGCUUAAACUAGCAAAACUACUACAUUACAAAGGUUUUCACAUUACCUUUGUCAAUACUGAGUUUAACCAUAAACGCUUACUUAAAUCUAGAGGAUCUGAUUCCCUGAAAGGUUUGCCCGACUUUCAGUUCGAAUCCAUUCCUGAUGGCCUCCCUCCCUCGGAUGAGAAUGCCACCCAAGAUUUGCCUGGACUUUGUGAAGCUGCUAGGAAGAACUUGUUGGCGCCAUUUAAUGACCUGCUAGACAAGCUGAAUGACACAGCAUCACCUGAUGUUCCCCCGGUGACUUGCAUCGUCUCUGAUGGUUUCAUGCCAGUCGCUAUCGAUGCUGCAGCGAAGCGCAAAAUUCCUAUUGCGUUGUUCUUUACUAUCUCUGCUUGCAGCUUCAUGGGGUUUAAACAAUUUCAAGCACUCAAAGAAAAAGGUCUUGCACCACUAAAAGACGCGAGCUUUUUAACAGAUGGCUAUCUAGACAGAGUAGUAGACUGGAUUCCAGGAAUGAAAGAUAUACGAUUGAGGGAUCUUCCAAGUUUUAUGCGCACAACAGAUCCAAAUGACUGUCUGUUUAACUUCUCCAUGGAAUCUGUUGGGAGAUCUCCUUCAGGUUCUGCAGUCAUUUUCCAUACUUUCGAUUCUUUGGAGCAAGAAGUCCUGACUUCCCUUUACUCUAUGUUUCCUCGUGUCUACACAAUCGGUCCACUUCAAUUACUUCUCAAUCAAAUUCAAGAAGAUGAUCUAAAUUCUAUUGAUUGUAACCUAUGGAAAGAAGAAGUUGAGUGUCUCCAAUGGCUUGAUUCCAAGAAACCCAACUCCGUAAUUUAUGUGAAUUUUGGUAGCGUAGCAGUGGCUACAAAAGAGCAGCUCGUUGAAUUUGGAAUGGGACUUUCUAAGAGUGGUCACCCGUUUUUAUGGAUAAUACGACCUGACAUGAUCACCGGCCACUCCGCGAUAUUGCCACCAGAAUUCACUGAAGAAACAAAAGAAAGGGGCUUUAUUUGUAGUUGGUGUCCACAAGAGGAGGUUCUCAACCACCCAUCUAUUGGAGGUUUUCUAACACAUUGUGGUUGGGGUUCCACAAUUGAGAGCAUUUCUUCUGGCGUGACUAUGCUUUGUUGGCCGUCCUUCGGUGAUCAGCAAACAAACUGUCGGUAUACAUGCAAUGAGUGGGCAAUUGGAAUGGAGAUUGAUAGCAAUGUGACGAGAGAAAAUGUGGAAAAACAAGUGAGAGAGCUGAUGGAAGGAGAAGAAGGUAAGAAAAUGAAGAAGAAAGUCAUGGAGUGGAAGAGGUUAGCUCUCGAGGCCACUCGUCCAAGUGGUUCAUCAUCCAUGAAUUUAGACAAGUUGGUGACAGAAGUGCUCUUGUCAAGAAAUCAAACUUAUGACGUAUAACAAGAAAACAAUUGAAGCUCAAGACAAGACAGAGAGAUACCUUUAUUCCUUUGUUGUUUCCUAAAGUUAUUGUGGUGGAUAUAUUUCCAAUUAAUAUCUCAUGUAUUCUGCGAUUAAAUAUCAUCCAUAGGCCAAUUGGCCCCAGUGGUUCAUCAUCCAUCGAUCUAGACAAGUUGGUGAUGGAAGUGCUCUUGUCAUGAAAUAAAAACCGUGUCUUUAUUGAAAGAUAAAUAAAGCUCAAGACAAAUGUAUUGCUUCCAAGGUCAUUAGUGUCGGUGCUGAGGAGAUGUUUGCCUAUAUUGUUUUGCUUUGCAUUGAUCGGUGCUGGUUGUGAUGGAUGAGGUAACAACUGAAAAAUUAGUUUUGUUGACAAUUAUUGUACCAUGUCAAGACUUCUUUUUGCUGGUCUAGACUGAUGUAACUGGUCAUUUAAUUCUAUCAUCAAUUGUUGGUAGUUUCCUUCAA